AUUCAUUAUGCAUCAAUGUUGUCAAACUGUAAAUGUAUAUAGCGUUAGGCAGAAUUUUCUUAGACAACAGGUUAUGUUGCAUGCAACGUACAGUAUAGCUAGCUAGUAAUCGGCUAUUAGCUGGACGCUAGUCGUUUCUGGGAACUGGAGGAGUUGACGAACGUCCCGUACACAGUGACUUUUGCAUGCAGCUGUCAGAAUGGCCUCGAGUUUCGCCCCACCGAAGCUGGUCGACUUCAUUCUCACAGAAAGACUGGGGAGUGGUACCUAUGCGACAGUCUACAAAGCCUACAGCAAGGGGGACAGUCGAGAAGUAGUGGCUGUGAAGGUAGUUAGUAAAAAGAGUCUGAACAAGGCAUCAAUGGAAAACCUGCUGACAGAGAUUGAGAUCCUGAAGACUGUCCGCCACCCACACAUAGUGCAGUUAAAGGACUUCCAGUGGGACAGUGAGAACAUCUAUCUGAUCUUGGAGUGGUGCUCAGGAGGGGAUCUGUCCCGCUUCAUCCGAAGUCGGCGUCUGUUACCCGAGAGGGUGGCUCGCCGUUUCCUGCAGCAGAUAGCCUGCGCCCUCCAGUUCCUCCAUGAGCGAAACAUCUCCCAUCUGGACUUGAAACCCCAGAACAUUCUGCUCUGUGGUUCGGUCCUCAAAUUAGCAGAUUUUGGCUUUGCCCAGUACAUGUCUCCCUGGGAUGAGCAGAGUGUGCUUAGGGGCUCUCCUCUCUACAUGGCACCAGAGAUGGUGUGUCGACAGCAGUAUGACUCCAGAGUGGACCUCUGGUCUGUGGGGGUCAUCCUAUACGAGGCUCUGUUUGGUCGUGCUCCUUUUGCCUCCAAGUCCUACACUGAAUUAGAGGAGAAGAUACGCAGUAACAAGCCCGUUGAGCUCCCUGCUGGUGGCAGAGUGUCCAGAGACUGCCGAGAUUUGCUACAGCGGCUACUGGAGAGAGAUCCAGAUGCCCGUCUCACCUUCUCACAGUUCUUUUCUCACCCAUUUGUGGACUUGGAGCACAUGCCCAGUGCAGAUAGUUUGGGGAAAGCGAAAGCGCUGGUCCUCCAGGCUGUCCAGAAAGACCAAGCAGGGGAGAGGUCUGCGGCCCUGUCUCUCUACUGCAGCUCUCUGGAGCACUUUGUCCCAGCCAUUCACUACGAGACAGACCGACUGCGCAAAGACGCCCUGAGGCAAAAGGUCAGUCAGUAUGUAUCCAGAGCCGAGGAGCUGAAAGCCCUGGUGGCCACAGACAACAGACUGAGCUUUGAGAAGGCCAAGAACACCAGGGACAUCCUCAGAGAGAUGUCUCGAGACCAACCCCGUCUGCUGGCUGCCCUGGAGCUAGCCUCUGCUGCCAUAGCUAAGGAGGAGAGGGGACUGGAUGACCAGGACACUCUGGAUUUGUACCAGCAAAGUCUAGGAGAACUGCUGCUAGCUCUAGCAGCCGAGGCACAGGGACGAAGGAGAGAUCUGCUCCACAGUGAGAUUAAAAGCCUCAUGUCCAGAGCUGAAUACCUCAAAGAGCAAAUGAAGAUGCAGGAGACCCAGAAAGAUGUAUCACUGGACCGGGAGCCCCUUUCAGAGGCUGUGAGAAGUUCAUGUUGCGUUCAGUGAGCUGGCCUCCGUAACCAUGGGCACCAGAGGGGUCAUCCAGCACGGAAGGCAGACCCCUGCAGGCCAGGGCCAAGUAAUUACAGAGAUUCCGCAUUAAUUUCAAACCUGCAAACAAAACGUUUUCUUUGAGGAAGGAAGUCAUCCAGCCAACUUCUUAUCAGUCCAGUUACCUCACCCCCCCCCCUUCAUCACAAUGUACUGUAGUGUCCCCUCAAAGCCCUCCUGCCAACCCAUUCAUAUUGAUAGCAGGGCAGCCUGUAUGAUAAUGCUGAACUGUUAUGUAAAGCUGGGACAGUGUCAUGGUGUAAUGUUUGUGAGGGUGAGAGUAUGAGGGCUGACUGACAUUUGGAAGCUAGACCCCAGAACAAAGGGACAGCUAGUCAGAUUCAUCACAUCAGAUGUGUUUAGCAGAUGACUGUCUGACUUGACACUCUAAAAGCAUGGCCUUUGUUGUGAUCUAGUUUCCUCUCAUCUCUCUCUCUCUCAAACACACUCUCAAACUCAUGCUUGAUCUGUAUUUCUUGUGUGACACAUACAGUACUUCCAUGCUCUCUCUCACACACACACACACACACACCCCGAGUCGCUUUGCUGUGGCCUGACCACAGCCUCACCACGCUCACUCCACUGAUGGGGCAGUCCCUACCACUAUGAGGAGAAACUGGAGAGGUGUGGCUUCUGCCUUAUUUACACAAGCCCUGCAUUUACUUUGGUUUGGCACGGUUCAGGAUCCAAGCAUACAGUAGCAUACAGUCAAGACGGGCCUUUAGCAAACUCGUUUACAGCUUUUGUGAAUAUUGACAUUUUUUGCGGUAGCUGAAUAAUAACUUAUGUUGCGGGUCUCUCGGAUGUUUUAUCAAGAUGUAUCGUGCAUGAAUCUGCUGCUGUAUAAGGGACAUUUCUGUAUUAAACAAAUAAGUGGUCGUAUCCAACAGCAACCAGGAAAUACCUGACUAAGGAGGGAGAGGGAGAAGAAAACAUGUCCAAAUUGAGGGCUCACAUAUGUGAAUUUGUUGAACUGUUUUAUAUGGAUAUGAGGUUUUAUAAACAAAUUUAUUAAAUUGAUGAUCUGAAGGAAGAAAUGUGAUAAAAAUUCUACAAAUCAUUUCUCCAUUGCCUGCUGUUUUUUCUUAGAGUGCUUGUAUCU